AUGGUCUCUGUGGCCGACGCUGUGGAGUCAGAGGAUCAGUGUCGGGAUCGUGAGCACGCUAAGAAGCAGCGCCAGGUGCAGCGUUGGGUCAAUGAGGUAUUACCGGGCAUGUUCCAACCCUACUUGCGGCUACUCCGCACGACCGCGUCCCUUCGCAACGUACAGCGGGAUGUCACUCUGUUGUGUAGCUGCGCGGGCAGAAGCAGCCGCUCGUUGACGCUGACAACAGACCUUGAGACCAUCAAUAUCAAGACCUGCCAUUGCUCGCCUGCUGCUCUGCAACUCGUCGCUCGCGGAUUGUUUCCUUGUGCCCCUCAGGCUCCGACACUCGCGGUUGACAUCUCCCUCCUUCAAUUCACGCAUGCACUCUUUGUACGACUCCCCCCCAACACAACAUCAUUCUGCGAAACCCUUGAGGUGUUCCUGGAGUCCCGAAACUACAAGCUAGCAUCAAGGAUCACUCGCGAACAAAUACAGCACCGUCUGCCGGUCCGGAAGCCUGCUGCUGGCGCGCGGCGUGCAAGCGAGUAUUUGCACGCGUGUUGCCCUUUAUGUUUCGGUUCAGACAAAAUGUAUCUUUUCUGGCAGCUCACGCUCUGCAGUCCCGACGUCAUCGUUUGUCUGGAUGUGUGCUUCACGCAGAAGUGCUGCAAGGGGAAAGCCGGCACUCGUGAUCCGCCGCGUGCCCAUCCUGACACAGUGUUCGUUCCCGAGGAAGAAGUAAAGACCAUGGAAGACAUCGUUGAGUGUACACGACGGGGUGGUGGCCAAGGUGUACCACUCUCGUCCGAGGGCGACGACAUCGUAGAAGGCGAUCUCAAGCUCCCGAAUUCUGUGCUAGAUGGCUGUAACGACUUGUUUACUGCGGCGGAUGAACACCGUCAAAAGGCUAGUACACAAUUCUUUGCAGAUACGGGGCUCAUGGCCAUGCUCUGCUGGCACAAUCAAGUUCUCUGGCUCGUCAACAUGACCUCUGCGGGCGAGAAGCAGCACUACGCCCUUGUCCUUGUGCGCCGCCUGUUCGACCAUCUACCAACCUACAUCACAGUAGGACUUCUGUACGACAUCGCCUGCCAACUCCAUCGAAGUAUUGUCAAAUGGGGAUUUCUCGGGCCACUCGCAAGCCGCCUCAUGUUUGCUAUUUCUGUCUUCCAUGUGUUCGGGCAUCAGUGGCCUUGUCAGUUGGUGUACCACCCCCGCAAAUGUACAGGGUUUGGGCUUUCGGAUGGCGAAGGAUGCGAGAGAUUCUGGAGCUCUAUCCAGAGGCUCAUUCCCUCACUGCGAUAUCACCAGCGCUUGUUCAUGAUUGACACUCAACUCGGACAUUGGCUCCACCGCAAGUGGUACCAGUGUGAAAGCCGACUGCGCACUGCACAACACGAGGUGCAAGAAUCUGGUUUCUCUUUGCAAGAGCUCCGAGACGAAUGGCGCUCCCAGGUGGAGGCACAGACCAAACCAGCUCCGAAGUGGUCAAAUAAUCGAGUAGCAAAGAUGGUCGAGGCUAUUCUGGCCUUGCAGAAGAGUCAGCUAUCGUACGACGAGUCCAUACGAGGACUGGAGGAGCAACUGCUUGUGGGUAACAGUCAGAUUGACUAUCAGCAGCUCGACCUGCAGUUGUCAGAGGCCCGUGGGAAGCGGGCGCAGAUCGUUACCUCAAUCAUGCGCAAACGUGCAGCACUCGGUGUGGACGAGCGUGCGCAGCUAGCUCGUCUUACCAAGAACAAGUACCUGCAGCUACAAAUGAAUGCAUGUGCCCUCAAGCAGCGCAUCCAAGACCGGCUUCACCAGCGCAAGUUCGAGCUUGACCGGUUUGAGCGCUCUUAUCGCCAGACCACAAAUAAGCACAAGCUGAGCAGCCAUGUCGAGUCUGCAGUCAAGCGUCAGGAGCCCGGUAUACUCAAGCUUGCCAAGUCCUACAAUAUGCUAUGUGAGCAGAUAUUGACCUUGGUGCGCCAGCGCAAGGCACCUCACUUUGCCCUCGCUCCUGAGCCUAUCCAGAGUAAUGGCUUGUUCAAGCUUGAUGUGGAUGAUGAUAUCUGGCAGGAUGUUGGUCUGGAGGAUGACGACUUUGUGGUCAGGGCUUCUGGCUCAGAUGAAUCUCAAUUGGCCAUCCCCCGAUGGCUGGGCGAUGAAGCGGUGCGAUCUGCAAUCAAGGCUCAACUGAUACUUGACCGGUGCAUAGAAGAGAGGGACCACUUGUCUGUUGAGCGAUGUACCAUGCAGCAGUGGAUGCAGGAAGAAUGGAGAUCCCUUGAGCAUGCUAUUGCUGGUGCUGUUGAAGAUCCAGAUCUAGAAUUCCAACUCAUUAUCCGUCGUGAUGAGUUGUGUCGCUUGUGCGUGACAUGGCAAAAGCAUGUGAGUGCAAUCCCUGGUGCUCAUCCAAUGUCUGCAUCAUGGGGUCCUUCAGAGUGCCAGCUGAAUGAGGCUGCACUCUAUGAGAUCUCUGACCAGAAUCACAUCAGCAUUCCACAGAUGAAGAGGAUGAUGACUGUGAUUUUGACUAUGGGGCUUGCAACUCUGAUCAUGAAGUUGAUGGUGAUCUCUUGGAUGCUGCAGAGGCAACUGCCUUGA